AUGCCCUGCUCAGUUAGUCCCUGCGCAGACUGGCCCUGCUCAGUUAGUCAUUCGAACUGUGCAGGUAGCCCUAGCGUAGAUAAACCUGCUUCAUCAGAAGUUAGUCCCACUCUCAAUCGGUUAUCCUCGUCCCCAAACGGUCAACCCCGCGAAUUUGGACCCGCCCGCUGCGCAGUUCGCCCCUGCGCAGGUAAUCCCUGCGUAGACAGGUCCUGCGUAGUUAGUCCACACAUCUGUGCAGUUAGACGCUGCGCAGAUAGCCCUUCUCCCGCAGCAGUUAGCCAAUCCCGAAACGGUUUGCCCCGCCCCCAAACGGCUUGUCCCGCCCCCAAUCGGUUAUCCACGCCCCCAACCGGUAGUCCCUGCGCAGAUAGGCCCUGCUCAGUUAGUCCUCCGAACUGUGCAGCUAGCCGCUGCGCAGGUAAACCUUCUCCAUCAAAAGUUAGUCGCACCCUCAAUCGGUUACCCACGUCCCAAACGGUCAACCCCGCGUAUUUGGUCCCGCCCGCUGCGCAGUUAGCCCCUGCGCAGUUAGACGCUGCGCAGAUAGCCCUUCUCCCGCAGCAGUUAGCCAAUCCCGAAACGGUUUGCCCCGCCCCCAAACGGCUUGUCCCGCCCCCAAUCGGUUAUCCACGCCCCCAACCGGUCAGCCCCGCGUAUUUGGUCCCGCCUGCUGAGCAGUUAGCCCCUGUGCAGGUAGUCCCUGCGCAGAUAGGCCCUGCUCAGUUAGUCCUCCGAACUGUGCAGCUAGCCGCUGCGCAGUUAGACGCUGCGCAGAUAGCCCUUCUCCCGCAGCAGUUAACCGAGCCCCAAACGGUUUGCCCCGCCCCCAAACGGCUUGUCCCGUCCCCAAUCGGUUAUUCACGCCCCCAACCGGUCAGCCCCGCGUAUUUGGUCCCGCCCGCUGAGCAGUUAGCCCCUGUGCAGGUAGUCCCUGCGCAGAUAGGCCCUGCUCAGUUAGUCCUCCGAACUGUGCAGCUAGCCGCUGAGCAGGUAAACCUUCUCCAUCAACAGUUAGUCCCACCCUCAAUCGGUUAUCCACGCCCCCAAACGGUCAACCCCACGUAUUUGGUCCUGCCCGCUGCGCAGUUAGCCCCUGCGCAGUUAGACGCUGCGCAGAUAGCCCUUAUCCCGCAGCAGUUAGACAAGCCCCAAUCGGUUUUCUCCGCCCCCUAUCGGUUAUCCCUGCCUCCAAAUGGUCCGCCUCGCGUAUUUGGCCACGCACGCUGCGCAGUUAGCCCCUGCGCAGGUAGUCCCUGCGCAGACAGGCCCUGCUCAGUUAGUUCCUGCGCAGACAGGACCUGCUCAGUUAGUCCUCUCACCUGUGCAGCUAGUCCCUGCGCUGAUAAACCUUCUCCAUCCGAAACAGGUCCUGCGUUGUUAGUCCACACACCUGUGCAGUUAGACGCUGCGCAGUUAGCCCUUCUCCCGCAGCAGUUAGUCGAACCCCCAACGGUUUGCCCCGCCCCCAAUCGGUUAUCCCCGCCUCCAAAUGGUCAUCCUCGCGUAUUUUGCCACGUCCGCUGUGCAGUUAGCCUCUGCGCAGGUAGUUCCUGCACAGACAGGCCCUGCUCAGUUAGUUCUCCCAACUGUGCAGCUAGCUCCUGCGCAAAUAAACCUUCUCUAUCAGAAGCCCCACCUGCAAUCGGUUAUCAUUGCCCCCAAACUGUCAGCCCCGCGUAUUUGGUCCCGCCCGUUGCGCAGGCAGUCCUUGCGCAGACAGGUCCUGCGUAA